AUCCAUCGACUCGCCGGUUAGACUACCAGCUACUCCUCCAGUCCAAUCAAUCAGCCGGCCAAAUGGAGAAGAUCAAACCGGAGCCGAUGCAUCACGUCGGGAAAGAGCCCCAAAUGCCUCCGUCCUCUCGUACCUCCAGUCUUCCAGGUUCGGAGAUCAUCAUGCAUGUCCGUAUCCUAGUACUACCUGGAUUUAACUUGCACAAAUUGAUAUGUGCCUGCCACGGCACGCCUUGUGUUGGUCCUGCCACGGCGAGCUCCCGGACAAGGGCAAGUGCGAGUCUUGCUUCCUCAAGACGGGCUACGGCUAUGCCUACAGCCGCUGCUUCGUCCCGACCAAGUACACCCGCUGCCUCGCCGUGGAGCGCAUCCUGCGGUCCAUCCGCGUCGCCUGCCCCAACGCCCGGAACGCCGGCGGCAGCUGCUCCGCCAGCAGCAUGCCGUACCACGAGAAGGCGGAGCACGAGCAGACGUGCGCCCCUGGGUUGCCAACGUCGUCGUCGUCGCCGUCGGUCGUGAAGAUGGGCCCUUGCGGCGGCGGCCCCGACGGCGACGCCUGGGACAUGGACGUCCGCGGCGGCGUGAACCGCAUCAUCAAGGUGGUUGUCCGCCACGAGGACGCUGUCAAUUCUAUCUCGGCGCUGUGCCUGCGAGACGACGGCCAUGAGGAGCAGACCAAGGUGUGGGGAGCAGCUUUUGGGAAGCGCUCGGAGAUCUGUCUGGACAAGGAUGAGUACUUGACGGGCGUGAAAGGCCGCUACGGGCAAUUCGAUGGCUGGAGCGUGAUCAGGGCGCUCACCUUCGUCAGCAACCGGCGCACCAUCGGGCCAUACGGCACGGACGAAGGAAUGGAGUUUGAGCUCCCUGCGGCCGGUGGUGGCAAGAUCGUCGGGUUCCAUGGCCGCUCCGGUGGGCUCGUCGACGCCAUCGGCACUUACGUCAAGAUGUGCUGACUGUUAACAUAUUCUGACGUGGAAGAGGUUGGGGACUCAGGAUGUCAUAUGCAAUGUUCAAACUAGCAAGUUGCUGCUUCUGAAUGAACUCUGUUAAUGUAGUAGUCGCAUGGAUGCUUGGAACCUUGUUGUGUGGUCUUCUGGCAUGGAUACAAGGAUGAAGGAUAUUGUGGUGAGCACAUGUGGACUCUGUUUUGCUAAUGUUUUAAAGCUUCCAGUUCCCGAACGAGUGCAGGCAUAAAUGGACUUUUGGAGUGCGAGGUGUGGGCGAAAUAGCACAAAUACUGCUUGCGGAUUAUAGUUCCAGGAACUGAUGUUGUUCUGAACAAGCAAGCCAUGGAUAAAGCUUCGUUCUACUCGAUUUCUGUCAAAUUUUCGUUACGCAGGAACACACACUCAAUGGUACAAUGACCCUUCUCUACAAUUAGCUGUCAAAAUUUUCCAAUCACAGAUCCUUCUUCGUCCUACCUACUGGUCUAUGGUGGAAGUCCAACAUCCAUUGCUUAUAAUUGGAGUACAGGGUCAAAAUAACAAAUUGUGAUAAGCAAGUGAACAUUAUCAGUGCAUCGAAGAAGAAGGGGAUACCUCUUUGGAGGCUCUAUCUGCAAGUAUACAAUGUCGAAUAGGAUCGAGCAUGACAACGGCUGCUGCUUAAUGAGCCCUGUUAAACAGUCUGUAGAGUGUAGACAUCCAUUCAUUCUGCACAAAAUGACAUCCAUUCAUUGUGCACAAGAUUUCUGUUGUUGUAUGCAAGAUCGUCGCUCGAUUGGCCUCUUC